UUGAGGAUUCAAAUACGCCCACAAUUCGUCAAUGCCUUUAGUAAUCCCCUCAUCCAACCAUGCAUGAAAUUCUAACAAUUCAAUUGGGACAACGGGCAAAUUACUUGGCCACCCAUUUUUGGAAUCUCCAGGAGUCGUACUUCACAUACAAUGGAGAAGACGACUCGCCGGUAGAUCAUGACGUCCAUUUCCGUCCUGGAAUCGGGGCAGAUGGUGGUGAGACAUUCACGCCGAGGACCUUGAUAUAUGAUCUAAAGGGGGCUUUUGGCACUCUUCGUAAACAUAAUGCUUUGUACGAGCUAUCGGAGGAUUCAACUCCUGGACAAGGCCUCUGGGACGGCAAAGAAAUUGUACACAAAUUAGCGCCUAUCACUGCGAGUAAUUACCAAAAGAGCCUUGAUGAAGGUACUGCUCCACAACCACUUUCGUCGGAAACUGUGCGCUUCUGGUCCGAUUAUAAUCGAGUUUUCUACCACCCGCGCUCAAUUGUUCAGUUGAAUGACUAUGAGCUAAAUUCAAAGAUUAUGCCCUUUGAAGAUUGGACCAUUGGGGAGGAUCUUUUUAAUGAUAUCGACAAGGAGCACGACCUACUUGAUAGGGAUGUACGACCUUUUGUUGAAGAAUGUGAUCAACUGCGCGCUUUACAGUUGUUUACUGGGUCUGAUGAUGCCUGGGGUGGUUUUGCCGCCAGGUAUAUUGAUAGGCUUGUUGACGAGUAUGGGAAGAAAGCUGUCCUGGUGUGGGCUCUUGAAGACGGCAAAAGGGUCCAUCAAACUACCAGACUCAAGCGUGAUAUGAAUAAAGCCCGAUCUCUUCAUGCAAUUUCCCCUCAAUCGACACUAUAUACACCCAUUCUCGACCCGCCAACCAGGGUUCCCCCGUCCCUUCACCUGAACCCCCAUUCAGAAUGGUACAGCUCAGCAUUGGUUAGCGUAGCCAUGGAAAGUGUAACUCUUCCGACCCGGCUACGUCCUUACCAAGACUUUGAGUCCCUUCUGGCCGGGGACGACAGCACUCACAAAAUAUUUGAGCUUCAGUGUUCGAUUCUCUCGUCAAAAGUGAGCGCUGAAAGUCAAUCUGCCAUACAGGCGAAACAGUCCAAUAGGGGAGAAGUCUUUGGAACCGAGCCCUCUAAAGCUGAGAGCAAAUUUGACUUGGAUUUUACGUACGAUGGUUACAGUAGCGACAAAUCCCAUAUCUAUAAUCAACUUCAGGUUUUACGUGGAGUUGAUCCAGACGACAAGGACGAGCCAUCCUCCGGAGAGGAUAUAGGUAUUACCAGGAGAAAACGGCUGUAUAAUUCAGAGCCUAUGUUUCACAGAUUCCAUACCUCUCUACAAUUUCCAAUUCUGGGUAGCUUCCCGAACACUAUGUUCGCAUCGCCAAACUCUGAACAGAAGAUCAAUGUUCUUGCUGCACUCUCCGCGUCUUCCCGGACCGCGGAGAAGAUUAAAGGGAUGGAGACAGCGGCAAGUCGAGUUAUUGGGGUAGAUGAGCGGGAGAAUCUCGUCAAUGGGUUGGGAGAGAUCCGAGAAUCUUACGAAACGGGAUGGAUGAGCGAUUCUGAUUUCGACGAUGAGUAACAAUAUCGUAUCAAGUAUUCAGAUGGGACCUUUUCGAUCGAGCAGUUCAAUAAAUGAUCAUGAAUGAAACUAUCUAUCCUCCGUUGAUAAAAUAGAAACCCUCCCAAAUACGCC